GAUUUUGUGUGAAACUAAGUUUACUAUGACUACAACUACCAUAAUACCCUAAACAGAAAGGCUAAACAUGGCAGGCUCCUCUGCAGGAAUGACUGCACUGCUAUGUAAUAUGAAUAAACGAAUUGCAAUAUUUUAUCCAACGAUUACUUACCAAAGGCACAAUUGGUGUGUGAUAAGGAGAAUAUGUAUGUCUGUCUCCCGAUGCCAGAGUCAAGCCCAAACAAAACGGAAAAGUGCUCCCCAGGAGCUGGUAGGUGUGGUGGGUCUGGAGAUCCAUGCUCAGAUCCACUCCAACACCAAGCUGUUUUCUGGCUCCCAGGUCGGGUUCCAGGCUCCACCUAACUCCCUGGUGUCCUUCUUUGAUGCCUCCUUACCUGGAACUCUMCCUGUGCUGAACAGACGAUGUGUGGAGGCUGCAGUGAUGACAGGCUUGGCCCUUAACUGUACCAUCAACAGGAAGUCUCUCUUUGACAGGAAGCACUACUUCUACGCUGACCUUCCUACUAUGAGAUCCAGAGACAGAUGUUUGUCCUGGAGAGCGGCGGCACGGUGCAGAACGAGACACGGUCGUUUGAUGGCAAGACUGGUCACACCAUUCCAAUGCGAGACAAGGAGGGCCUUCAGGACUACAGGUUCAUGCCGGAGCACCUGCCUCCUCUGAUGGUGUACGAGGCUGGCUCUACAGCCCCCUGGUGUUGCCCCCAGCCAGGUGGUGGUUCUGGAGGAGGUGAGGGGAGGCUGCCGGAGCUGCCCAGCGUCAGGAAGCAGAGGCUGGUGGAGACCUACGGCAUCCCCGAACACAGCUUCACCCUGGUGAAUGAGGACGGGCUAAUGGACUACUUUGAGUCAAGGAGACCAAGGCUGGAUCCGAGAAAGGUGAUUGGCUGGGUGAUGAACGAGCUACAGGGCCCUCUCCAUCAACAGAACCUGAGUGUCAGCCAGAGGUCCAAGCCAUCCGCAGYGGGAACAAGAAGGUUCUGAAYAAGCUCAUGGGUCUGGUCCAGAMGGAGACUAAAGGCAGGGCUGACCCAGUCCUGGUACGGGCCAUCCUGGAGCAGAAGACCUCCUGAKGACUAACUAACACUGUCUGUGGCCACCUUGACUGCCUCAACCUUUAAAUGCCUGGUGGAAUAUCAAACUGGUCCAAGAGGCAGCAARCAUGACAUCUUUAUGGCUUCAUCAUAGUUAACAUGUCCUCUGGUCAAGAGGAUUAUUGUUGCUAAAUCAACUGUCUGUCAUGUUGUCUUCUGGCACCGUACCCGCCUUUAAGUUGUUGUAUUGUAACUUUAUUUGUGUACAUAAAUAUAUUCUAAUUCUCUUUGGAGUGUGCACACUUAUCCCCUCCCAAACACACACUUCAUCUAAAACUGUCAAGGGAAUGGCAUACACAUCCUCCAUGAUAAUCACACUUUAAGCAGAGCCAUUCUGGAAUCCCUUUGCAGUUUGGAACACUCUGAACCCACCAAUGGCAGAACACAGCUAAUAAAGAUAAGUCCCAUUA